AUACCUCUGUAAUCUCUCUCUAGAGCUCUCACACCCCUGCGUUCUCUCUCUCUGCGGAUCCCUCUACCCCCAAUUUGUUGUGCUCUGAUUUUUCAUGCUCUCUCUGUGAUGCUUUGAUUUUUCAUGUAGCAUCAGUAGCUCUGUAAAUCUCUGCUUUAACCUUUUUUUUAUUUUUCAUUUCCCGUUUAUUCAUGCAAGAUCUCUGAUCAAGUGCGCUACAAACCUAGAACAGUAUCUGAACGUUGAUAUUAUUGAUCGAAUGUGACUGACCCUAUAGUAAUUAAUGAAACUUUAGAAUUUAGAUCAAUGGAUUGAUUGUUUAUGACUAGUUGCUGUUCCUUCUUAGGAAUGCACAUUACUCCUUGCUCAAGUAGCUAUUCAUUACUCAAGUAGCUAUUCCUUCUUAGGAAUGCAACUUGGAGCACUAUCGUGGUAUCAAAAUUGCUAUUGUUAGAAGGCACUGCUUUCUCUUCCAGCAGGUUAGCAGUGGAAUUCAGAACUUGGGGGUACUAACCAAGUUGCUUUGAACCCAUAUUUGUUCACAGGAUUGCCUUGUGAAUACCAACAGGAACUGGAAAUCUUGCCAACCAGAGAGAGAGAGAGUGCUGCGUUGAGAGAGAGAUAGAGGGGGCUGCGUUGUUAGAGAGAGAGGGCUGCGUUGUUCAAGUACCCUUUGCUGCCCUCUUAUUUCUGGUAGACAGAGAGAGAGAGGAUGGAAGGGGAGGAGGAGCAGAAGAGUGAGCCUGUUCUAGCAUGGAUGAGAGACCCUGUGGACAUUGACCUCUAUCAAGCAGAAUGCCCCCUCAGGCUGGUGCCCGGCUUAGACCCCAGAUUGGUGAUGGCAUUGCAAAACAUGGGAAUUAGUUCACUUUAUCCUGUGCAAUCGGCAGUCUGGCAAGAGACAAUUGGACCUGGUGCUCUGGAGAGAGACCUUUGCGUAAAUUCACCAACAGGAAGCGGAAAGACAUUGGCUUAUGCGUUACCUAUUGUCCAAAUGCUCUCAACUCGUUCUUUAAGACUUUUGCGUGCUCUAGUUGUGCUGCCUACUCGUGAUCUUGCACUGCAGGUUAAGGAAGUAUUUGCCGCUAUUGCACCUGCAGUGGGCUUACAUGUGGGUUUGGCAGUAGGUCAAACAUCAAUAACAGAUGAGAUAGCAGAACUUGUAAAGAAGCCAGCAUUUGAAUUCUCUAAUGCUUAUGAUCCAGAAGACCUGCAGUUGGAGACAUCCAUGGGAAGUUCUGUGGACAUACUAAUAGCGACUCCUGGUAGGCUAAUGGAUCAUGUUAACACAACAAAGGGUUUCACUCUGGAACAUCUUUGUUAUUUGGUAGUUGAUGAAACUGAUAGAUUACUUAGAGAGGCGUAUCAGUCAUGGUUGCCCACUGUGCUUCAUCUAUCUCAAUUGAAUACAAAAAGGAUGGUUGCCUGUCCAAGAAGUGCUGCAAACUACAGAAUGCCUGGCUGCUUGACGACCUGCUUGACGACCAUAAGGAGAAUGGGUGUGGAGAGGGAUUUCAAUGGUAAAUGUUACCCAAGACUUGUGAAGAUGAUUCUUUCAGCAACGCUAACCCGGGAUCCUAGCAAGCUUUCUCAGCUUGAUCUGCACCAUCCAUUGCUCAUGACGAGUGGUGGGUCAAGGAAACGUUACCAACUACCUGAACAGCUCGAAUCAAUCAAACUGUUCUGUGAAUCAAAGCUUAAACCCUUGUAUCUGGUGGCACUUCUACAAGGCUUGAAAGAAGAGAAAAGUAUCAUUUUUACAUCAUCCAUAGAGUCAACACAGAGGCUAAGCAUCCUAUUAAAAUGCUUUACUGAGUUGCCACUCAAGAUAAGUCAAUAUUCGAGACUUCAGCGUCAAUCUGUUCGGAGUAAUACACUAGAUGCCUUUCGAGCUGGAGAGCUACAGGUUCUUGUUGCCUCAGAUGCUAUGACUCGUGGGAUGGAUGUUGAUGGGAUUGCCAAUGUUAUCAACUAUGAUAUGCCCAACAAUGUCAAGACAUACAUUCACCGUGCUGGCCGAACUGCCAGGGCAGGUCGGCCUGGUCGUUGUUUCACCUUAUUGCGAAGGGAGGAGAAGCAUAUAACCUUGAAGGAUGACCAAAUAUGACAGAAGGAAGGCCACUAAAUGAAGCUCUGACAAGAUUUGGAAGGGAACUUCCAGAGAGAAGCAUGCAACUUAUGACUCCCAAUUUAGGCUUGAAUCUUUGUUCUUAUUAAGCUCCUUGACAUCUUACUCAAACCAAUCAUAAGUAAAUUAAAAUGAAGCCUGCUAUCGCCUGAAAGAAGAUCUAUUCACCCUCCAAAAAUCUAUUAUGGGUGACUACAUCGGCCAUAGAACUAAAUUAAAGAACUUGGCCCAGUCAGUGAACAGCUCAUAAGAACUGAGAUAAAAUACCAGAAAAAGCAUAAAAAUUAGCUCUAACUUGAAGAAAGCAUUUUUGAUGUUGUGCUUCCUCCUAGAGCAUAUAGCGACUUCGUCUGCCCCUGGGGGAACUCUGGAUAGCUACAGUGUCCACUGUAGUUCAAAACCUAUGCUAGUAGGCUGUUUGCCCUAUGCAUCCUAGAGACCAUGCCCCAAAAAGAAAAAAUUAAAGGAACAAGAAAAGAGAAAGAAAUAAAGAAAAGUUGCACCUUAGGAGUGCCUUAAAAAUCCUGUGCCAAUAGUGAAUAUGGGCUGUUCAUCUUUCAAUUGAUGGGUCGGUUGAUGUAAAGAACUCAUAAUUAGUUUUGUUUUAUCUCAUUAUUGUUUAUCUUUGAUGUUGAGGCAAUGUACAAAAUUUGGGGUCAAACAAAUCCCCCUGGGGACUCGGUAUUGCACCAUUUUUUCUUUCCUAAAGUGGACAAUUGCACUUCUUCUCUCAAAAGAGAAUAUUUUCUGGGUUUCCAUUGAAAUUUAGUUCAUAAUCUUGUUUUCUGGUUCCAAGAGCAUGUAAAAAUUUAGGCCCAAACAACUGCAUCCCAGCCCUCCAUAAAUGUCGUAGAGGUAACACUAACCAAAUCCUUUACUUUGACACACAUGUAGAUAGAUAGAUAGAUAAGUAGAUAGAUGUGGGUUGCUUUAGAAUCAUCUUUAUCCCAACUAUUUGAGGUUGAUGCAUGAAUCUUGUUCUGUUCUUCUACUCGUAGGUUUAGGAUUCAUGAUAAGAUUUGACAAAGUUUUACUCUGGCUGCCUACCUAAGACAACCCUCCUUUACCCGGGCUUGGGGCCUGCCAAGGCGGAGUUGGGUU